AUGACCUCCCUUCGCAUCCUGGCUGCAAUUGCGCUGAUCUCAGCCUUCAUCACUUCUUUUGCUUCAGCCCAACAAUGCAGCUACAAAGAAACGAAGCCCAAGUUCUCUGGCCCUCGGACCGCUCCCGGCUGGGAAUAUGCCGUCCUUCGCGACAAUUUCAGACAACCUCGGACCAUCUUGUUUGAUAGUGAGGGUGCUCUCCUUAUUCUAGAUGCCUUUCGCGGUAUAAUGCACAUCCAGCUCGAUGACAGUGACGUGGGAGGAAAAUGUGUCCGAAUAGCAAAGAAGACGACUUUGCUCAGAAAGGGCAGUGAUGGCCGCACCAUAUAUGCCUCCUCAUCGUCGAGCGUCUGGUCAUACUCUUACGAUGCCAAGAAUGUCAAGCUGGACAAAGGGUCAGAGAAGAUGGUGGUCGACAACUUGGCUACCAGAGGCUCUUCAUGGCGAUCCCUUCUCAUAUCACAGAAAACCCCUGAUAUGCUUGUCGUUUCCCGAGGGAGCGGCAUAGGUAACGACCCGCAAGCCGAGGUGCGUUCCUCUGGCCACGCUCAGAUCCGUGCCUUCAACAUAUCAACUUUCGAUCCCAAGUUCCCCGGUAUGAAGACCUAUGACUUUGCUAAGGAUGGUGUCCUCCUCGGUUGGGGUCUGCGCAACGCUCAGGGUCUAGCAGAACACCCCGUUACUGGUGGAAUAUACAGCACUGAGAACUCCUAUGUGGCCCUCGAUCGGAAUGGCAAAGAUAUCAGCGUCGAUAACCCGGGCGAAGAGAUGAACUUCCACGGAUAUCUCGAUGGUUCUAAGGAUAGCAGCGGCGGUAACUACGGCUACCCUUUUUGCUACAGCUUGUGGUCCACGAGCAAGUUUCCUGAAAUCGGUGACAUCGAAAUCGGCGAUCAGUUUGGUGCUGAUCAGAAGUCUGAUCUAUCUCGUCGAACUGAUGCGGAAUGCAGAAGGGAUUACGUUGCUCCCGUCCAAGUAUUCCAAGCCCAGUCUGCGCCUAUAGCCCUUGUAUUCAACCCGGACGGCACACGAGCAUAUAUGGCUUUCCAUGGAAGCUGGAACCGUAUGAAACCGGUGGGAUAUCAAGUCGCAUAUAUCGACUUCAAGAAUGGACAGCCUGCGAUGGACGCUAUAAGAAGCGGAAAUACCACCACACCCAUCAUGUUCAACAAAGACAACAACGCGCAUUGCCCGGAGGACUGUUUCCGCCCUGCCGGCUUGGCCUGGGACAAGAAGAAUCGGUUGUUCUUCACCUCUGAUACAACUAAGGAGCUUUUCGUGCUAUAUAACACGUGGGAUGCUUACCUCAAGAAGAAUGACACUAAAGAGGCCUAUGUUUGGAGAGGUAAUAAAGGCUCUAGGCGAUAG